UGCAGACUGUGGAAGUGAGAGCACUUCCUCAUAGACCUCGGAUGUGGGAGGAUUGCAUUCAGUCUAGUUCCUGGUUGCCGGCUGAAAUAACCUGUUCUCCAAAAUGUCCACAAAGGUGACUUAAGUCAGGUUCUCCCAAACCAGAUACCAAGACAAGAAUCCAUGUUCGUGUGACUGAAGGAAGUGCUGGGAGAGCCCCAGCUGCAGCCUGGAUGUGAACUGCAACUCUAAGAUGUGUCCAGACUCAAAGCAAGGGCACUAGGCUUUCCACACCUCCUCCAAGUCGUUGAUCCAGCACUGCCCUGCCAGGACAUAAAUCCCUGGCACCUCUUACUCUCUGCAAAGGAAGGCAAAGCAGCUUCAGGAGCCCUUGGGAGUCCUCCAAAGAGAGUCUAGGGUACAGGUCCGAAUGUAGAAGAACACAGAAGGCAGGCCAGGGGCACUGCCAGAUGGUAAAAGAGAUCUGAAGGGAUCCAGAAUUCAAGCCAGGAAGAAGCAGCAUUCUGUCUUCUGGAUUAAAACUGAAGAUCAACCUACUUUCAACUUACUAAGAAAGGGGAUCAUGGACAUUGAAGCAUAUCUUGAAAGAAUUGGCUAUAAGAAGUCUAGGAACAAAUUGGACUUGGAAACAUUAACUGACAUUCUUCAGCACCAGAUCCGAGCUGUUCCAUUUGAGAACCUUAACAUCCAUUGUGGGGAAGCCAUGGACUUAGGCUUAGAGGCCAUUUUUGAUCAAGUUGUGAGAAGAAAUCGGGGUGGAUGGUGUCUCCAGGUCAAUCAUCUUCUGUACUGGGCUCUGACCUCUAUUGGUUUUGAGACCACGAUGUUGGGAGGGUAUGUUUACAGCACUCCAGCCAAAAAAUACAGCACUGGCAUGAUUCACCUUCUUCUGCAGGUCACCAUUGACGGCAGGAACUACAUUGUCGAUGCUGGGUUUGGACGCUCAUACCAAAUGUGGCAGCCUCUGGAGUUAAUUUCUGGGAAGGAUCAGCCUCAGGUGCCUUGCGUCUUCCGCUUGACGGAAGAGAAUGGAUUCUGGUAUCUAGACCAAAUCAGAAGGGAACAGUACAUUCCAAAUGAAGAAUUUCUUAAUUGUGAUCUCCUAGAAGACAGCAAAUACCGAAAAAUCUACUCCUUUACUCUUGAGCCUCGAACAAUUGAAGAUUUUGAGUCUAUGAAUACAUACCUGCAGACAUCUCCAGCAUCUGUGUUUACCAGUAAAUCAUUUUGUUCCUUGCAGACCCCAGAUGGGGUUCACUGUUUGGUGGGCUUCACCCUCACCUAUAGGAGAUUCAAUUAUAAGGACAAUACAGAUCUGAUAGAGUUCAAGACUCUGAAUGAGGAAGAAAUAGAAAAAGUGCUGAAAAAUAUAUUUAAUAUUUCCUUGGAGAGAAAGCUUGUGCCCAAACAUGGUGAUAGAUUUUUUACUAUUUAGAACAAGGAGUAAAACAAUCUUGUCUAUUUGUCACCCAGCUCACCAGUUAUCAGCUAAUGACCUAUCAUGUAUCUUCUGUACCCUUACCUUAUUUUGAAGAAAAUCUUUGACAUCAAAUCAUUUCACCUAUAAAAAUGUCAGCAUAUAUAAUUAAACAGCUUUUUAAAGAAACAUAACCACAAACCUUUUCAAAUAAUAAAUGUAUUUUAAAGAUGGCCUGUGGUUACCUUGGAAAUUGGUGAUUUAUGCUAGAAAGCUUUUAAUGUUGGUUUAUUGUUGAGUUCCUAGAAAAGUUUUAUUGGUAGAUGAGUAAAUAAAAUCUUGUAAAAAAACUUAUUGUCUAUAAAGUAUAUUAAAACAUUGUUGGCUAAUAUAAUUUGAAAAAAA